GUAUCAUCGCGAGACACCCAACUCGCUUGACUCUCUUCUUCAGCCAGCUGGCAGACUCCCGUGACGGUCCUGUUGUAGUUGAGGAAGAAGCAAAUUGCUGGUCGUCAUGGGCAACAUCUUCGGAAACCUGUUAAAGAGCCUGAUCGGUAAAAAGGAGAUGAGGAUCCUUAUGGUGGGGCUGGACGCCGCUGGGAAAACAACCAUCCUUUACAAGCUGAAGCUUGGGGAGAUCGUCACCACCAUUCCCACAAUUGGGUUUAAUGUUGAGACUGUGGAGUACAAGAACAUCAGCUUUACCGUGUGGGACGUGGGUGGCCAGGACAAAAUUCGUCCCUUGUGGAGGCACUAUUUCCAAAACACUCAGGGCUUGAUCUUUGUGGUGGACAGCAACGACCGCGAGCGUGUGAAUGAAGCUCGAGAGGAACUCAUGAGAAUGCUAGCUGAGGACGAGCUGCGGGACGCUGUUCUUCUGGUCUUUGCCAACAAGCAGGACCUGCCUAACGCCAUGAAUGCUGCGGAGAUCACGGACAAGCUGGGCCUGCACUCCCUACGCCACCGCAACUGGUACAUUCAGGCCACCUGUGCCACAAGUGGUGAUGGCCUCUAUGAGGGUCUGGACUGGCUGGCCAAUCAGCUGAAGAACAAAAAAUGAAGGCCGUGGUCUGGAGAGCCGGGAAGUGUCAGCUCCAGGUAGUGCUUAUUUUUUUGGGAUGCAAUGAGUUUACAUGGAAAGGCAGUGCUGAGAAGCGACUUCCACGUGAUGCGGUGGGCUUCACCCACCAAGAAACUUGUUCUUUUACUUGAGUAUUUAUUGAUUUGUUUGGAUCUGCAGUGAGUUUUUAAUCAUGAGAGAACCAAUAUGAUCUAAAUGUUUUGCUUUCUAUACACUGGAUACAUAAAUUGGGAUGUUUAAUAUAAUUCUUAUAUACUGUCAUGUAUUUUUCCUCCUUUAUGAAUUUGUCAUGGUCUAAAUUUGUGCUGGAGGAGUGUUGUUACUUAACUGUACUUGAUGUAAAUGAUAACAAAUGUCAUAUUAGUAUUAGGCAACUGGCAAAUUGUAAAAAACAUUGUGGUCACAUAUUCCUCAUUGGUUUUCUAAAUCAGCGUGGCGCAUCAGAGUCAAGAGUAUAUUUUCAUUUACUUCAUUUUGAAUGUCAAUUUUGUUGUAGUUAAUUGACCUAAUAACAAACUGGAUACUAUUAAAGACUUAACCUCUUAUCAUUAUUUAUUUAUUCUAAAUCCCAUUUGAAAGUGUAGUGAUAUAAGCGAUAUAUUACUUAUUUGCUAAUGGAAGCAGUGAAAAAAGUACAAACGUAUAUAUGACUGCUUCCCAUGCUGCAUGUUUAUACGGACAAUUCAGGCUCACGGACUAACGGGAAUGACCACUCGCUGCCAACUGCUGUAAAUACAGACAUGUGCUAGGUCCACUUGCCGUCAUUGAUAAGGGUUCUGAUAAUAUGUCUGGCGCUGAUGAGGUGUUGUCACUGUACUGAUGUAGGUGUGAGAAUGAGGCUGAAUGUUGACUUUUUAGCAUCAAAAGAGUCAAUGUGAAAGCAGCUGCAUAAUAUCUAUCAAAGUAUUUCUCAUCGCUUGAUCCCUGAUUGGCCGAACAGUUCGGGUUACUUUUGUUUCACUUGUCAUAACGUCUCACAAUAAACAAACCAAUUAUAAUAUACUUUACUUAUACAGACAAAUGUUUAUUUUCCAAUGGAUGGAGUAUUCGGUUUUGUUUGGUUAUUGAUUUGAUAUAUUUAAAAUUCAGAUCAAUAAUACUAAAACUAAUUCAGAUGGAGCAUCAUGAUGCAUUUUAAUACAGUACAAGACCCAAAUACCUUCUAAUAUGCAACUGCAUGCUUUUAUAUAUCAUCAUAGAUGAAAAGUAUAUCAAGGUAUUUGUGGUCAAACUGAAUGUUUUGUUGAGGCGCCUGUCGGAUGGUGUGCCUGCAUCAUUGUUGACUGACUGUGUGAGUGUGGAUGUGUGUGACCAGCAUAGUUUAUACGGCCUUACAUUGCCACAGGUUGAGUUUGACUAAAAAAAAAAAGAACAGGUUUAAAUAUGUCUCAUUUCUUUCAACAACACAUUUUGUUAUGAUCGGCAGACUUGUACCUUGAUGAAAUAAGCAUAUGCAGUGAUGAAUGGUAAAUAAUGGCAUAACUUGUCGAAUUAAGUCAUUUCAAUACUUCUGCCUCUACGUCAACUACUGUUCAAUAAAGAGAAUGGACAUGCUUUUGUCUCACUUG